AGGGGGCUGCCACGGAGAGGUAGGAGCAGAGAGAGAAGAGAGACAGGGGCAGAGAGACAGAGGUUCAUGGACUGAGGUAGAGGCUGGGCCCGGCUCAGCAACCCAGGCCUCCCACAGGCAGGCAGAGGCUGCCCUGGAACCCACCAAGACCAGACCAACAGCUCUGAUGAGCUCCACGGUGGCUGCAGCUGCGCCUGCAGCUGGGGCUGCCUCCAGAAAGGAGUCUCCAGGCAGGUGGGGCCUGGGGGAGGAUCCAACAGGCGUGAGCCCCUCGCUCCAGUGCCGCGUGUGCGGAGACAGCAGCAGCGGGAAGCACUACGGCAUCUAUGCCUGCAACGGCUGCAGUGGCUUCUUCAAGAGGAGCGUGCGGCGGAGGCUCAUCUACAGGUGCCAGGUAGGGGCAGGGAUGUGCCCUGUGGACAAGGCGCAUCGCAACCAGUGCCAGGCCUGCCGGCUGAAGAAGUGCCUGCAGGCGGGCAUGAACCAGGACGCUGUGCAGAACGAGCGCCAGCCCCGAAGCACAGCCCAGGUCCGCCUGGACAGCGUGGAGUCCAACACGGAGCCCCGGCCGGAGCCCCUGGUGGCUCCCCCGACCCCGGCAGGGCCCAGCCCACGGGGCCCCACGCCCAUGUCUGCAGCCAGAGUCCUGGGCCACCACUUCAUGGCCAGCCUUAUAACAGCUGAAACCUGUGCUAAGCUGGAGCCAGAGGAUGCUGAUGAGAAUAUUGAUGUCACCAGCAAUGACCCCGAGUUCCCCUGCUCUCCAUACUCUUCUUCCUCCCCCUGCGGCCUGGACAGCAUCCAUGAAACCUCAGCUCGCCUGCUCUUCAUGGCCAUCAAGUGGGCCAAGAACCUGCCUGUGUUCUCCAGCCUGCCCUUCCGGGAUCAGGUGAUCCUGCUGGAAGAGGCAUGGAGUGAACUUUUCCUCCUCGGGGCCAUCCAGUGGUCUCUGCCUCUGGACAGCUGUCCUCUGCUGGCACCGCCUGAGGCCUCUGCUGCUGGUGGUGCCCAGGGCCGACUCACACUGGCCAGCAUGGAGACGCGUGUCCUGCGGGAAACUAUCUCUCGGUUCCGGGCGUUGGCGGUGGACCCCACGGAGUUCGCCUGCAUGAAGGCCCUGGUCCUCUUCAAGCCAGAGACGCGGGGCCUGAAGGAUCCUGAGCAUGUAGAGGCCUUGCAGGACCAGUCCCAAGUGAUGCUGAGCCAGCACAGCAAGGCCCACCACCCCAGCCAGCCCGUGAGGUUUGGGAAAUUGCUCCUGCUCCUCCCGUCUUUGAGGUUUAUCACUGCGGAACGCAUCGAGCUCCUCUUUUUCCGCAAGACCAUAGGGAACACUCCAAUGGAGAAGCUCCUUUGUGAUAUGUUCAAAAACUAGUGGGGGUGGAGGUGAAAUGUUUCCAAGCACUCUGGAAAACAAUCUACUGAAACGAAACAUUUGCCUACUCUUUGCCCCAGAAAUUCCUCGUAGGUGUGUGUACCCAGCAGAGAUGCCCACUGAAAGAUAUUGUAAGAAUAUUCAUAGCAGCUUUAUUCAUAAUAGCCCGAAACUAUACGUCGAUGGUAGGAUG